AUGACUUCACUGUCGGGGACCAAGGAGAGGUCUGUGAGCAGCCGGAGCAGAAAAUAUGGGGUGCCCGACACUUCCCCCACCAAAUCUGCCUCCUUUUUUCCAGACACAUGGUACCGAAAGGCUUAUGAGGAAACCUCACGGUCCAGCAUGCGGCCCACCCCGGAGGGUGCCGGCUCCAUGCCGAGCUCCACAGGUACUCCAUCACCUGGAUCAGGAAUCUCCUCACCAGGGUCAUUCUCUGGAUCACCAGGGACCAUCUCACCUGGGAUUGGCACAGAAUCUCCGGGUUCUCUUGGUGGCUCCCCAGGUUUUGGGACGGGAUCCCCAGGAUCAGGAAGUGGAAGUUCCCCUGGUAGUGAAAGAGGGAUAUGGUGUGAGAACUGCAACGCUAGGCUGACAGAGUUGAAAAGACAGGCAUUGAAACUGCUCAUCCCUGGACCUUACUCCAGCAAGGAUCCCUCCGUAUCUCUCCUCCUCCAUGAUAAGCUUCAGGUGCCCAACAGUUCUCGGCGAGCAUGGAACGAACGUGACAGUCGCUGUGAUGUAUGCGCCACUCACCUCACUCAGCUCAAACAGGAAGCAGUGCGCAUGGUCCUCACGCUCGACCAGUGGGACCUGUCUCCCACCUCUUCACCUUCUUCUCUGAUUGGACGAUAUGGAUCUCAGGGACCCCCAGGACCAAUAGGAGCAUCUGGAUCACGGGAAUGGCCUCCUCCUUUUCUCCCUUCUUCUUCCUCCUCAGCUACGGCUGCCAUUUCACAUUCUUCCUCCCAAUUACCUUCCCCAAGCCCCAGUCAGACACCAACACCCAGCCCAAGCCAUGGACCAUCCAACCCCAGCCAUGGGAGUCCCUCAGCUGGGCAAACAUCCAGCUGUGCUCCCACAAACCAACAACCUCAAGGCCCAGGGCACAGACUGGGGUCCAAGCCCAGCUCCCUUGGGCUUGGAGGUGGAAUGGACAGAAGAAAUGGGUCCCCCAGUUCAGGAAAAGCAGCCAGUGCUCAACAGCAGCUUGUAACUGGAGUAAACAGCCCUGGCAAUAAUGGUAGCACCAGCAGUAAUAAUGGGACUGGAGCAGUACUGAGUGCAGCAGCUUUACAGGCACAUCAGCACCUGAGCCGAACUAAUGGAGGAGUUACACUCUAUCCGUACCAGAUCUCUCAGAUGAUCUCGGAGGCUUCCAGGGAAGGUUUGAACGAAGCUGCCCUGAACCGCUACAACACACACUCACCCUCACACACAAAUUCACCAUCACACACAAACUCUCCCUCUCACACUCCAGCUGUAACCACGACGGCGCCGACCACCACCUCUGCUGCGGCCUCUUUCUUUGCCAGAGCUGCACAAAAGCUGAAUUUAGCAUCCAAGAAGAAGAAGAAGACAGCCGCUGUUACAACACCAGUGACAUCAUCAUCACCCUCGUGCGAUCCCCCUCUGUUUCCGACCAAUUUUAGCUCCGCCCUGCUGAUGGCCCCGCCCCCAGCUCCACCCUGUCUUCUCCGUGCAGCCAACAAGAUCAAAGACACCCCUGGGCUUGGCAAGGUGAAAGUGAUGGUACGUGUGUGUCCAGUGUCCCGGUCGGAUGCAACUGAGUCCAGUUCCUUUCUCAAAGUGGAUCCCAGGAAGAAACAAGUCACUAUCAUGGACCCCUCAGCCAAUCAGACAUCAAGCACUGCCUCCCAGAAAAAGGCAGGAGCAAAUCAGGUCCCUCCAAAGAUGUUCAGCUUUGAUGCUGCGUUCCCUCCUGACGCAUCACAGGCGGAGGUGUGCGCGGGAACAGUUGCCGAGGUGAUUCAGUCGGUGGUGAAUGGAGCAGAUGGCUGUGUCUUCUGCUUUGGACACUCCAAGCUGGGCAAAUCCUACACGAUGAUUGGCCGGGAUGACUCUCUUCAGAGUCUGGGUAUAAUCCCCUGCGCUAUCUCCUGGCUGUUUAAGCUUAUUGAUGAGAGAAAAGAAAAAACAGGAGCUCGCUUCUCUGUUCGUGUGUCUGCUGUCGAGGUUUGGGGAAAAGAGGAGAACCUUAAGGACUUGCUGUCUGAAGUGGCUACAGGCAGCUUACAGGAUGGGCAGUCACCUGGAGUCUACCUGUUUGAAGACCCCAUCUGUGGCAUGCAGCUCCAGAACCAGUCAGAACUGCGGGCUCCAACCCCAGAGAAGGCAGCCUGGUUCCUGGAUGCAGCCAUAGCAGCUCGACACAGUAGCAGACGUCCCAACACCACAGAGGAAGAACACAGGAACUCACACAUGCUGUUCACGUUACACAUAUACCAGUAUCGCAUGGAAAAGACAGGCAAAGGAGGAAUGUCAGGAGGUCGCAGUCGACUCCACCUGCUAGACCUGGGCAGCUGUGAUGUCAAAGUACUUGGAGGUGGAGGUGGUGGAGGUGGGAAAAGCAGAGAGAGCUCUUCACCUGGCUCAGCCCCUCUGUGCCUUUCUCUGUCAGCCCUUGGAAACGUGAUCCUGGCCCUGGUCAAUGGGAGCAAACACAUCCCAUACAAGGAUAGCAAGCUGACCAUGUUGCUAAGGGAGUCGCUAGGCAACAUGAACUGCCGGACUACCAUGAUUGCUCACAUCUCUGCCUCACCCAGAGAUUUCUCAGAAACCCUCUCCACGAUCCAGAUUGCAUCCCGCGUCCUCCGCAUGAAAAAGAAGAAAACUAAAGUCACUGUGCAAUAUACCUCCAGCUCCUCUGGAGGAGAGAGCUCCUGUGAGGAGGGUCGUAUGCGUCGCCCGACCCAUCUGAGACCUUUCCAUCACCGUGGUGACACUGACUCAGACCUCCCAUUGCUGCGCCUGUCCAGUGACCCUGACGAGUACUCGAGCAGCGAGCAGUCAUGUGACACAGUGAUCUAUGUGGGCCCAAAUGGGGCAGCGGUAUCGGAUAGAGAGCUGACGGACAAUGAGGGACCACCAGAAUUCGUGCCAAUUAUUCCUGCUCUGCUUCGAGGUAAAACAUCAGAGCAGCAUCAAACACAAAGUCAGGCAGUCGGAACCCAGAACAAGGUGCAGUCUCAGCCAGAGUGUCAGGACCAGCCCAGUGGCCCUUCUCAGGCCCUGCCCCAGCCUGCUCAGUCACUAUUAGGGCAGCCAUUGGCCCCCGUCCCAGAGGAGGGAGCUGAGUGCCUAAAAUGCAACACUUUUGCUGAGCUACAAGAGAGAUUGGACUGCAUUGAUGGCAGCGAGGAGGUGGCAAAGUUUCCCUUUGAAGAAGUUCCAGCUUGCAAAUCAGGUGCCAAACAAGAGCCAUGUCCACCUUCAACUGUUUCAACCUCAGCUCCUUCUGCUCCUGGCUCCCCAUGUGCCAUAGGAGGUGCAGUGCAGUUUACCUUCCCCUCAGCAGCAGCAGCAUCCCCUAGGAGGAGAACCAAUGACCAGCAACUGCAGGAGAUUAAGGAAGUGGUGGAGGAGGCGGAGCUGGCCCAGACAAUGAUCCACAGCCUCACUCAGAGUUCAGGUUCCCCUAUAGUUACUGGUUCCAGGAGUGUGACAGGAAGCAAUAGCAUCACCUCUAACCCUCUGCACAGGGCUAAGAGCUCCCACCUGCAUGACAGUCGUGAGAGUCUGAAUAUGGGCAGUAACAGUGAUGGGAAGGCUCGCCCACUGGGAUCACCACGCCUCGGCAUCGCCAGUCUGACCAAAACGUCAGACUACAGGCCUCCGUCCUCCCCGUCACAGCGAUGUAAAGUGUACACUCAGAAGGGCGUGAUGCCAGCAACACCCCCCUUGUCCUCACACACUUUGGCUCAGGACGGCCAGGCUACAGAUGCUUUGACCUCAGACAACAGUUUGGCUGCAGACAGUGGCCGUUCCUCCACUGAGUCCCUGCUGUCCAGGACUUCUCCUGUGGGCAUGAGCCCACAAGUUCGAGAGCCAACUCCAUCUCUGUCUGCCAGCCUUGGCUCAGCUGAGACACUUUGUGACGAUGAUGUCCCUCCAAUACCCUUGGACACUCACAAGGAUGUGUCAGGGCCAUCAGUAUCUGCAGGACCGGUUGGAUUUCUUGGGGAGGAUGAACUGGUGUGCACUAUGGCCUCUGGAGGUGAAGAGGAUCUUGAUGUAACAGCUCUCAUGGAGACUCAGGGCCUGACCUGUCGUCCAACGAGCAUCAUCAACUUCAACACUAACUGUUGCUCUGUCACCGCCCUCGCAUCAGGCUCUCAACCCAUCUGCUUUAUCAGAGGCACUGCUGAGGAUGGAGCUGUGGAGGAUUAUCAUAUGCCUACAGCUCUUGCAUCAACCUCUGGGGUCACAGAAGUGGUUGCCAUGGCAGAGGUGGCAAUGGCCAAGCUUCGUAUAGAGGGUGAAGCUUUAGCCUCAGGGAUGUCUAACUGUGGUUCCCCCAUCUCCUCCUGGAUGAGUGAUCUGAGUGUGGGCAGUGAGGCUGACCAGUCUCUCCACAGCUUCAGCCAGUCCCAGAGUCAGCAAGGGGAGGCUCUAGCUGAACCUGAACCCAACCAAAGCCUCUCUUUUGGAGGGGAUUAUUCUCCUUAUGAAAGCUGUGGCAGCCCAAGAAGAGGGAGUCUGGAAGGAGAGGUGGUGCCGUCUGAGAACGGGAGUGAUAAAGGAACUCCAACCAAGGACAGGCUGAGGAAACUGCCUCCCUCCAUGCCUAAAACUACCAUCCAAUCUCUGACAGGACCUUGUAACCUAUCUCCUUUCAAGGCCGCGAUCAGUGUUCACCCAUGUGUGGCUGUCAAACCCAUGCUCAUACAGGAACCCACCAUCCUCUCCUCACCCACCAAGACUAACUUAAUCAAAGACCCAGUCAAAUUCAGUGCACCUCUUUUAGCGUCCUUGUCCAGUGAUAUGAGCUUUGAAGAUCCUUGGUUGAAGCGUGGCAUGGAGGAGGAGAGGUCAAGGGACCUUGUGUGUGAAGUGAAACCAGAGAAAAGGGAAAAGACUGGAGCUGGGAAUGGGGACCAGCAGAGCUUCUAUAAGGAUGGAGGGGAUCAUGGUGGCUCCAGUUCAGGUGGGGAAGUUGUAUCAUCUCCAGAUUCCUUUAAGAGAGUGGUGGAUGGUUGUGAGAUGGUUGUUGUUGUCGCCCAAGGAGAAUGCCUGACUAAUAUCUACAGUACAGACAUCCACCGUACUGCCAGUCUUCCCCGUGGCUGGCACCGUCUGAACCGUCAUGACGGCUUAGAUAACGGAAUCGAGUACCGAAAUCUUGGUGUCACAACUUCAACUCCUUGCAGUCCCCGGGCCACACUUGACCGCCGUGGAUCAACUGGGAAACUUGGCUUUUUCUCCCACAAGAAGGGGGGAAUCCCACCUCUCCCUCCGAUACGGAAGUCCAGCCUCGACCAGAGGAACAGAGCAGCCAGCCCGCUUCACCAGACCAGUCAUGGGCUCUCACUGCUGGGCAACUCAGAGGAUGAUGCAGGAAUAUCUUCAAGUAUCACCAGACAGCGGGGCUCCAGCAUAGACAGCAGUCGACUUUUCAGCGCCAAGUUGGAACAACUUGCAAACAGAACCAACUCUCUGGGCCGAGUCCACAGCUCACACAGUGGUUCCCACCACUAUGACUGCUUCUCCCUGGAGAGAGGGGAGAGCCUGAGAGGAGGAGGAGGAGUGAGGGGGGACAGCACCAUGCCUCGUACUGGGCGCAGCCUCACCCGUGCUGGAUCAGUAUCUUCUCCUACUGGAAACACCAACAGCCCUAGUUUCAGUGCCAGUCCUGGUCAAAGCAGCAACCCACAGUCACCAUCCAAAACCAGUGGCCAGUCAAAGAUCUCAGCUGUCAGUAAACUGCUGAUGACCAGCAGUCCCAAGGCCAGGAGCCUAUCUGCCUCCAGCACCAAGACUCUGAGCUUUUCUACCAAGUCUCUAAGCCAAGCUGCCAGCCGCAGCUCCAGCCUUCCUCCUAAUGGAAAGCCUCAGAGCUCAGUCCAGAGCCCCCUGCAGCAGCAGGCACCUUCUCCUGGAUCCUGGUCUACCCAGUCCUUGAGUCGCAGUCGGGGGGGAAGCCUGGCUGCUAAGCUGCCUCUGCGGGCGGUCAAUGGUCGAAUCUCAGAGCUCCUCCAGGGAAGUGCAGGUUCCCGCUCCAGGAGUCAUUCCCAGGGAGGUGGCACAGAUCCUGUGGAGGAAAGAGGAGCUGGAGGAGCAAGUGGAGUGGGAGCUGGAGCUGGAGCUGCAGCAGGAAGUGGUGGUGGAGGUGGCCUGGCAGAGGAGAGGGCAGCAGUGGUCCAAACCCUCCCCUCUCCUUACAGCAAGAUCACAGCUCCCAGAAAACCACAUCGCUGCAGCAGCGGUCACGCCAGCGACAACAGCAGUGUACUGAGUGGUGAGCUGCCCCCAGCUAUGGGGAAGACAGCCUUGUUUUACCACAGUGGAGGCAGCAGUGGCUAUGAGAGCAUGUUGAGAGACAGCAGCGAGAACACAGGAAGCACAUCUUCUGCUCAGGACUCACUCAGUGAGCACAGCUCAGCAACCACUUCGUCCAGACGCAGCUCCAAGAGCGGCAAGAAGAGCAGGAGCAACACAGGUCUCCAGCGUCGUCGUCUGAUCCCAGCACUGACCUUGGACUCUUCCUCUUCUUCACCUUCUCACCGCUCCUCUAAACAAGCCAUCACCUCCUCUUCUUCCUCCUCCUCCAGCCCAGGUGCAUGUUGGGUAGAUGGCCCACUGGGGCCACCUGCUCCCACAAACCUCCGGGGUGCAGCCGCAACGACAGAAACCUUUGAGAUCAAGGUGUAUGAGAUAGACGACGUUGAGCGACUGCAGAAGAGGAGAGAUAAAACAGGGAACAAGGAGGUGGUGUAUGUCAGUGCCAAACUUCGUCUGUUGGAGCACCGCCAGCAGCGCAUCAGUGAGGUGCGAGCCAAGUACCAGUGUCUGAAGAAAGAACUGGAACAAACCAAACAGUACUUGAUGCUGGAACCACAUAAAUGGACCACUGAGUUUGAGCUACAGCAGGUCUAUGAAGUGGACUCACUGGAGUAUUUGGAAGCUCUGGAGAUGGUGACGGACAAACUAGAGACCAGAGUCAACUUCUGCAAAGCCCAUCUCAUGAUGAUUACCUGCUUUGAUGUGUCCUCAAGACAUCGGUAG